AUGCUCGUUCUCCUCAUCGUUCAAGUGCUUAUCAGCUAUGUCCGCAACCCAUUGCGCAAGGUUCCCGCUGCACACCCACUGGCGCGUUUUACCUCAAUGUGGAUGCAUACAGUUCGCUGGCGGGGUAUCGAGAACGCGACAUUGAAAGCAGCUCACGAUCGCUUGGGCCCGAUUGUGUGUUUGGGUCCCAACGAGAUCAGCGUGAACUGCGUCAAAGGCGGGAUCAGAGAUGUCUAUGCCGGAAGUUUCGAGAAAAGCAGUGCCAAGGAUGGGUAUAAUUGGUAUGGUUUCUUUUCGAAUUAUGGAGGAGUUGACAACAUGUUUUCCACUGGCCGCAACAAGCCGCAUUCGCAGAGAAAGCGAAUGCUGAGCAACAUCUACAGCAAAUCAAACGUCGCUGCAAGCGAAGCGCUGUUAGGUCAAACGUCUGAAAUCCUCUAUAGACGCUUCUUGCCCUAUCUAGAGUCGACAUUUGCCGAGUCUGAGAAGGGCGUUCUGAACAUCUAUGCAUUGCUCAGCGCAACGACGAUGGACAUUGUGACGUGUUUCAUUUUCGGGCUCAAGGCAGGCUCGAACCUAAUCGAUGACCGAAAGCAGCUCGCAUGGUUUUUGGAAUUGUACAAUUCACGACGAUCCUACAACUUCUGGCCACAGGAGUUCCCGCGAUUUACUAGCUUCGUGGAGAAAUGGCUAGGCUACCGACUGACGCCAAAGUGGGUCGAUGAGGCAAACGGUGAGAUCGAGAAGUGGACGGCGAGUAUGUGCGAUGAUGCUGGUGCUGUCUCGACAGUAGGCGACGCACGGACUGAGGACCGGCCUGUGGUGUACCAACAGCUUCAAAACAGUAUGGCAAAAGCGACGAAGGGGGUCGGGGACGACACACUACAGACUCAGAUUGCGAGCGAGGUGUUGGACCAUCUUGCGGCAGGGUUUGACACGUCUGGGAUAACACUGGUCUAUGUUGUUCAUGAGCUCUCGCGACACUUGGAGGUUCAGGCCCGUCUCCGGGCUGAACUGCUCGGUCUAUCACCGCAGCCUGUACCUUCGUCCGCACCAAAGCUGCCGGACGCGAAGACUGUAGACAACCUACCCUUCUUACAUGCAGUCAUCUGGGAGACGCUCCGUCUCCACUCAGCCAUCCCCGGCCCACAACCACGGUUCACGCCACAGCAAGGCUGUCAACUCGGCCCUGAAGAGGCGUCGUACCAUAUUCCAGGUGGGGUAAGAGUGAGUGCAAGCGCAGGCCUAUUGCACCUCAAUGAGGAAGUGUUCGAGCGCGCAAACGAGUGGAGGCCAGAGCGGUGGCUGGACUUGGACAAGCUAGACGAGGAGAAACGGAAGGAUAUGGAGAGCCGAUGGUUUUGGGCCUUUGGAAGUGGCGGACGCAUGUGCGUUGGAAGUCACUUGGCGAUAUAUCAGAUGAAGUACAUCAUUGCUGUGCUGUAUUCAAAUUACAGCACCACGAUCGUUGAUGACGCAGGUAUCGAGCAGAUAGAUUCGUAUACUGCACCGCCCAAGAGCGACAAGCUCCUGGUAAGACUUGAGAAGAUGGUGUAG